AAGAAUUCUCUUGAGAUCACCCAGUGAGGCUGAAGGGAAAGACCAGAGGGUUGGUGGAAGGUGUGAGAACUGGGCCUGGAGCAGGCUUUCUGCAAGGAAAAGUCCAUGUAUAGUAUCCUCUGAAGCAGGAGAGGGAAUGGGGAGCAAACAGGAACCAAAACACUCACUGCUUGGGGUACUGGAGGCCUCCCAGGAUGUGAAUGCUCACUGCCUCGCUCUGGACUGCUGUAUGAGAGCUUUUGACCCAGUCCUCUCCUAAUAGCAGGUGUGUGGACCCUUCUAGCCUGAGGAGUCCUGCGGGUGUGAAGCUCCACACCUGCCUCCAUACACUUUGCCUGUCCCUAAGAGGGCUCAUCGGAGAAGAAAGAAUGGCUGUCAGCCACCUGCCAACCAUGGUCCAGGAAUCGGUGACCUUCAAGGAUGUGGCUGUACUCUUCACCCAGGAAGAGUGGGGGCAGCUGAGCCCAGCCCAGAGGGCCCUGUACAGGGACGUGAUGCUGGAGAACUACAGCAACCUGGUCUCACUGGGACUCUUAGGACCCAAACCAGAUAUGUUUUCCCAGCUAGAAAAAAGGGAAGUGUGGAUGCCCGAGGACACCCCUGGAGGCUUCUGUCUGGACUGGAUGACUAUGCCUGCCAGUAAGAAAUCUACUCUCAAGGCAGAGAUUCCUGAAGAAGAAUUGGAUCAAUGGACAAUAAAGGAAAGAUUCAGUUGCAGUAGUCACUGGAAGUGUGCUAGCCUGCUGGACUGGCAAUGUGGAGGCCAGGAGAUCAGUUUGCAGCGAGUGGUACUCACUCACCCCAACACCCCAUCACAGGAAUGUGAUGUAUCUGGGAGCACUAUGAGCUCAUCUCUUCACAGUGCUCAGAGUCUGGGAUUUCAACCUAGCAAAAAUGCCUUUGAGUGCAGUGAGUGUGGAAAAGUCUUCUCUAAGAGUUCAACUCUUAAUAAGCAUCAGAAAAUUCAUACUGAAAAAAACACAAAUCAGAAAAUUCAUAUUAAGGAGAAAAGAUAUGAAUGUAGAGAAUGUGGGAAAGCCUUUCACCAGAGUACGCACCUUAUCCAUCACCAAAGAAUUCACACUGGCGAGAAACCCUAUGAAUGUAAGGAAUGUGGCAAGGCCUUCUCAGUGAGCUCCUCACUCACAUACCAUCAGAAAAUUCAUACUGGAGAGAAGCCUUUUGAAUGCAACUUAUGUGGAAAAGCUUUUAUCCGAAAUAUACACCUUGCCCAUCAUCAUAGAAUACAUACUGGAGAGAAACCUUUUAAAUGUAACAUUUGUGAAAAAGCCUUUGUGUGCAGGGCACAUCUUACCAAACACCAGAAUAUCCACAGUGGAGAGAAACCCUAUAAAUGUAAUGAAUGUGGAAAAGCCUUUAAUCAGAGUACAAGUUUUCUUCAGCAUCAGAGAAUUCACACUGGAGAGAAACCCUUUGAAUGUAAUGAAUGCGGGAAGGCCUUCAGGGUGAACUCUUCCCUUACUGAACAUCAGAGAAUUCAUACUGGAGAGAAACCUUAUAAAUGUAAUGAAUGUGGGAAAGCUUUCAGGGAUAAUUCAUCCUUUGCACGACAUCGGAAAAUUCACACUGGAGAGAAACCUUACAGAUGUGGCUUGUGUGAGAAAGCCUUUAGGGACCAAUCAGCACUAGCCCAACAUCAGAGAAUUCAUACUGGGGAAAAACCUUAUACAUGUAACAUAUGUGAAAAAGCCUUCAGUGACCAUUCAGCCCUUACCCAACAUAAGAGAAUUCAUACUAGAGAAAAACCUUACAAAUGUAAAAUCUGUGGGAAAGGCUUUAUCCGAAGCACCCACCUGACUCAACAUCAGAGGAUUCACACAGGAGAGAAACCCUAUAAAUGUAAUAAAUGUGGGAAAGCUUUUAACCAGACUGCAAACCUCAUUCAGCAUCAGCGACAUCAUAUUGAUAUGAUAUGAAUGCAGUUUGUAUGGAAGACCUUUGAGACUGGGCAGAUUAAUUAUUGAAUGUAAGAUAAUCCAUUCUGGAGAAUAACUAUGAAAGCUUACAGCAAGAUAGUUACUUUAUUUACUGAGGGUCAGGUUUCACAGUGUCAUGGGGUUUGGGCAUUUAAGAAUGGCAAACACUCGGCCAGGCAUGGUGGCUCACACCUGUAAUCCCAGCACUUUAGGAGGCCGAGGUGGGCGGAUCACGAGGUCAGGAGAUCAAGAUCAUCCUGGCUAACAUGGUGAAACCUCGUCUCUACUAAAAAUAUAAAAAAUUAGCUGGGCGUGGUGGCGGGCGCCUGUAGUCCCAGCUACUCGGGAGGCUGGGGCAGGAGAAUGGCGUGAACCUGGGAGGCAGAGGUUGCAGUGAGCUGAGAUCACACCACUGCACUCCAGCCUGAGUGACAGAGCGAGACUCCGUCUCAAAAAAGAAGAAGAAUGGCAAACACUCCUCAUUCUUUAAUACUGCCUCAAAUAGCAGUACUGUUUGAUUCGUCUGAAUUACCAAGUAUCAGAACCAAAAUAGAGCUUCAUUAACAGCAUUAAAAUUGGUUUAUCAAAUUACAUUUUGACUAUUAGAGAAACUGAAAUUGUAAAAAUUAAAGUUGAAAAGCAAAGGAACAAAAAGGUAAAAUGGCCUACAAGCAUUUCACUCUACUAGAUUCUCCUACAUAAGAGAGUUGCCAGCUUUAAUGGAAGCCUUAGUCCUCUCCUCACCCACACCACUGACACCCAGUAUAGAGAAAGUGCAUCACCCACACUUAUUUAAAUCACACUUCCUACCUUCUGCUUCAAACCAUCGAUUGUCAGAUCUCUCUGGUCUGUGUGUCCACUGGCUUCAUCCCUGUAGAAUCCCUGUGAGAUGAUUUAUUUGCCCCAAAUGACCCUCUUCUGACUUAGCAACUCCUAACUGUCAGCAUGGUGCCACCUGUCACUGCCCCUAUGGGGAGUGUGGUGAUCUGGUCUCAGACACAGUCCAUGAUGUUGAAUAUCACACCCAAAUCCAGCCUUCAGAACUUGGUAUCUCUGUCCAGAAGGCACAACUUGAUCAAAAUUCUUGAGUUAUGCAUUUCCUGCGGGCUUCAGCUUGACUGACCCUGCGAUGGUACCUGAAGGAGGGGCUUUGCCUGUGCUGCCUUUACCCUCCAACUGUUCUGUACUUAGUGACUCUGCACAUCAGUCAGGGACUUGCUCAGCUUCAGGUGCAAUGAUCCACCCACUUAAGUUGUAGUAUUCCCAAUCACCUCCAUCUGUUGCUGCCCAUUUCUCUAUGUGCAAUUGAUAUAAGAGGUGAAAGCCCCAAAGCCAGUUCUCAGAAUGCUCUGACCCACUCUCUUCCCCCGGCUGGACAGUCCACUGUGUCCACUGCGUUAGAGUACAUUUACUACUCCCAGGAUAAACUGCUGCAUCCUGGUCCUUCCCCUGCUUUUUCUAGGUUUCUGGAGGUAGUAAUUCUAUAUUCAUAGGAAAGCAGACAGCUUUGAAUUUCUGCUUUUGCAUUUGGAAAUGGUCAUUUCCUCUCCUGCAUCUGGGCCUUCCACUAUUUAAAGACUCAUGCUGACAGUGGUGAGAAAAAUGUUGAGUAAUGAGUCAAGAAGUGGUCACUAGCACCAUUGAUAUUCUCUGGCAAGGGCCAUGUCCGUGUUCAAAAGUUUGAGUGGUACAGUAGUCCUGCAGGUGUA